CAUAUACAACAUAGAAAAAAAAAAAAUUAGAAGGCCUGCUCUAGUCUAUGAUUCAAAACUACUAUCUAUUUAAGACCUUGACAAGGUCAUUGGGACGUAGAAAAUGCAUUUAAAAGUGUCAUACAUUCAAGUGUGCCAUUGGAGCUCAUGACUCACAAGCUAUAAAAGCUCUCAUAAGUUAAAGGAACCAUCAUCCCCUUUCAAAUUCGUAGGCUCCAACACAGGUGCAAGAGCAAGAAAUCUUCCUCGAUUUCGAAAUGGCGAGCUUACCUGUCUUGUUGAUGGCCCUUGUCCUGUGUGGAAUUGCGCUGGAUCAAAGCCAUGUCGAGGCCAACUUCUCCAAGAGCAUGUACAUCAACUGGGGCACUCAACAUUGCUCCAUUUCAGGCAAUGGCCAAGAUGCCCAGCUUGUUUUGGACCAAAUUUCAGGCUCCGGUGUUCAAUCAAAGAGGGCCUUCUUGUUUGGAAGCAUUGAGAUGCUAAUCAAACUGGUACCCGGAAACUCCGCCGGAACAGUCACUGCAUACUACCUUUCGUCUACUGGAAGCAAGCAUGAUGAGAUAGACUUUGAGUUCCUAGGCAACGUGUCCGGACAACCGUACAUCAUCCACACUAACAUCUACACACAAGGUGUCGGAAGCAGAGAACAACAAUUUUACCCAUGGUUUGACCCAACAGCUGCCUACCACAAUUAUACCAUCCACUGGAAUCCAACAGAAGUUGUGUGGUACAUCGACAGAUUGCCAAUUCGAGUAUUCAGAAACUACGAGAGCAAGGGGAUAGCAUAUCCAAACAAGCAAGGGAUGAGGGUCUACUCGAGCCUAUGGAAUGCGGAUAAUUGGGCAACAAGAGGAGGUCUAAUCAAGAUUGACUGGAACAGCGCACCAUUCAGAGCAGGACUACGUAAUUUCAGAGCGAGGGCUUGCAAGUGGAACGGACCUGUCAGCAUAACCCAGUGCUCCGCCACUUCGCCAGCUAACUGGUGGACAGCCCCGACCUAUCGCCAACUGAGCUUUGCUAAGCUCGGGCAAAACAAGUGGGUCAGAGACAACUACAUGAUCUACGAUUACUGCAAGGACACCAAAAGGUUCAAUGGCCAAAUGCCUCCUGAAUGCUUCAAGCAACAGUACUAA